GUACAUUUGGCUACUGAUUGGUCGUCGUCACACACGCGUGCACGCUGCUUGGUCGGUUGUGAAGUCACUGUUAGCCUUCGCACACGGUGACUAAAACUAGCGAGAACAUCGUAUAAUAGACAAGCUGGACAUGGCUAUUACAGCAGAUCACAUCCGGGAUAAACUUAUUAAGGAGCUUGCGGCUGUACAUGUGGAUGUGGAGGAUACAUCACCCAACAGAUGUGCUGCCAGCUACAAAGUCCUGGUGGUGUCGUCUCAGUUUGAGGGAAAGCCGCUGUUACAGAGGCACAGGAUGGUGAAUACGUGCCUAGUAGAGGAGCUGAAAGAGAUCCACGCUUUUGAACAAAAGACCCUCACACCAGAACAGUGGGACAAACAGAAAUCACAAUGACAUGCAUACAACGCAAUGACAUUUUGGUUCUGGUGGCAAUAAAACACUUGGAUGCUUUAUUUUUGUCUUUGUUGGUUGUUUCCUGUAAGUCAUCUCAUUUUGUCAUGCCUUUUUGAAUAUUGAAUACAUGUUUUUAUCUUUGCCACUUAACAUUAUCAUUUCAUUCUCCAAUCUGAAAAAUGUAGUUUUCAGAAAGCCCGAAAAGCAGCAUAUAACCAACACAAACAUUAUUUUGGACAGAGGUAAAUGUCAGCUAAGUUAUACAGACUGAAUCUAUGAUAUAGGGUGCUGCAGGGGUGAAUUACUGGAAGUUAGCAUCACACCGGUUCCCUCCAUAAAAGCCAAUGUUAUUUUUUCCAUAGGCUUUCUGAUUAUUGCAGAAAAUAAUCUAAUCUAAUGCAAACAAACAUCCAUGAUACUACAUGAUACAGAAACACGUUUUCUUUUCAGCAAAAUGGACACCAUUUCAUAGAAUUUGGCCAAUUCAAUUUAUAUUAUGUAGCCCAAAAUUGGCCUCAGAAGGCUUCCGAAAUCCUCUGUCACGUACCCUCUCGUCGGCACAGGAAAAACUUCAACGGGCGAGAAAGAAGAAAAUAACCUCAGGGCAAGUGCAAAAGAGAAUCUCUUUACCAGAAAGAACAGAAUAUGUCAUGUACAGAAUGAACUACGUAAGAGAUUUACAACAUGCACUUGAAGGGUUACCUGUUAGCAACCAUCUAACACGCAUAGAGGCUUCCAAAUCCACAAAAGGUUCAUUUACUACAGAUACUCUUUAUCAAGUAGAAAAAAAGCUUUGAAUCCUUAAAUUUACUUAACGGGCUGCACAAUUAAUUGAAUAUGAAUUGGCAUUACCGGUACACAUUCUUUUCUCCUCCCUGUCACAUUAAUGUGAUUGAUUGCAACAAUGAUGUUUAGAAUACGUGCUGAGCUUAUGAAGCACUGCUGCAUAUCAAAUGUAGUGCUCUUAAACCAACACAUCUGCAUCCAUGUGUGCAGCCUGCAGCGGAAUAUGAUGUGUGAGUGCGGGUGUUGGUGAGUGUCUUUGAGUCUAAUGAAGCCCACACAAAGCACAGAGGUCUCCAUGAGGUGUUUUAAGAGCAGACGGACCCCCCACGUGGCUGGGAGGUUUUCAGGGUCGGACAUCACAGCUGUGCGCUUUGAUCAGUCAAUCUGGGGCUUUUUCUUUUUGGGCGAACACACAUUUGUGAUUGUCGACAUGUUUUUCUUUUCUGUAGAUCAAUAAAGCAAACUGCACAGAA